UUGAAAAAGUAUAAUUCGAAAACAUAAAAAAAAAUUUAUUUUUUUUUAUUUUUUUAUUUAAAUAAUGGUUUAUUAUAUAUAUAAAUAACAAGGACAUAAGAGUCUUUUGCCACUUAAUGAAGAAGAUACUUUUGAAAAUGUCUCUUUAGUGGUGGUAAAAAUGAAAAGUGGUACCAUGAAAGUGGUAAACAUGUAAUUUCCCCCAAAAAGUUUAGGAAUACCUUCUCGAAUGUGUACGAUAUCCUUCUGAAUUUGAGUUUAUUAAGACAUUCCUGAAUAAGUACAAUAUCAUUCUAAGAUUUAAUAAAAUAUUGAUAAGUAAGUAUAAAAUUUUCAAAAUAUUUAGGAUUUUUUUAUAAAUAUGUAUUUAAAAUACAUUUAAAUGCUUAUAUAGUAAGACCUUUAUGAAUACAAUACUCCACAUGAAUUAUAUGUAUAUUUUUAGUCAGAUAUUCUUAAAUAUGUAUAACAUCUUGCCAAAAUUUUCGAAAGGCCUUCCUAUAUUUGAUAUCCAAAUUUUAUAAAGAUAAUAUACAUAUUUAUAAGCAUUUUUCGUAAGUUAUUUAAAAUGAUAUACUAAAGAAUAUUUUCCUAAAUAUGCAUAUACAUCAAAUACAUAAGAUAACAUACACAUUUAGGAGAAACUUCUAAAUUUAUGUACAACUUUUAUUUAAUAAGUCUAUUUACAUAUUUAUGAAGACAUUCAUGAAUUAGGAGUUAUUAUACACGUUAAAUAUUUUUCUAAGUUUUUAAAGAAAUAUUUUUUCCCUAAAAAAAUAGGGGAAAUAGCCAAAAAUGGCUCAAAAUUUGAUUUUGAAUAUAAAAGUGUACCCCAAAUUCAAUCAAAUGCAAAAGUAACCCAAAAGGCUAGUGAAAUUACAACAACCUCUUUAUGACUAAACAAAAAACAUGUAUUGAGUUUUACCAUUAUAACCCUCCGCGUGAGAAGACUUACAAAGAAGUCUUCUCGUUUAGUAGAUCUUAAAAAUAAUUUAAAAACUUUAUAAAAAUUAUUUUGAAUGGGAAAAAAUUAAAAUCAUGUAAUAAUAAACAUUUCUAAAUGAUGUAAAUUUAUUUAUACUAAAAUUGAAUUAUUUUCAACAUAGAUGAGUGAAAGUAGAUUAACUCAUGAUAGUCUUUUGUUUUAGGGUUUGGUAACAUAUGUUAUAAUAUUGUGGGUAUAUUUAGGGUUAGAUUUUGAAAUCUUAUCUUUUGUUUUUUUUUUUUGUUUUUUUUACCUAUAUGUGUUUAGUGAUUAUCUAAUAACUUGAUUUAAACACUUUUAAAGUAUCUUAAAAGCUUAAGGAAGUGUUUUUUUUUUUAGUUAUUUGAUUAUAGGGUCUGGAAGACUCACAGAAGUCUUCUGACAUAUCUCACCUAAAUUUUAGUAGAAUUUAGGGUUCCCGCCUAAAUUUUAGAAGAAUUUAGGUUUCUCGCUUAAAUUGAAGUCUUCCAGAAGUCUUCUAGGGUAAGUCUUCUCAUGUAUUAGAUCCUAAAAGUAAUUAAUAAAUUUUAUAAAAAACUAUUUUGAAAGAGAAAAAAUCAAAAUCAUAUAUUAAUAAACAUUUCUAAAUGAUGGAAAUUUAGUUUUACUAAAAUUAAAUUAUUUUUAACAUAGAUGAAUGAAUCUAGAUUGAGUCAUGAUAGCCUUCGGUUUAGGGUUUGGUAACAUAUGUUGUAGUAUUGUUGGUAUUUUUAGGGUUAGAUUUUGAAAUAUUAUCUUUUCAAUAUUUUUUUAGUUUGACAUAUAUGUGUUUUGUGACUAUCUAAAUUACUUGAUUUAAACACUUUUUAAGUUUCUUUUAAGUUUAAAGAAGAGUUUAUGCUUAGUUAUUUGAUUAUGGAGUCUCGAAGACUCCUAGAAGACUUUGGUUUAGGGUUCAGUAACAUAUGUUAUAGUAUUGUUUGUAUUUAGGGUUUAAUUUUAGAAUCUUAACUUUUUUUUUAAAAAAAUGAUCUACAUGUGUUUAGUUUUGUGUAUAUUAAACGCUUUAUAAGUUGAUUUUAAGUUUAAUGAAUUGUUUUUUCUAUCUAGUUAGUAAUUUUAUUAGGUUAUGGUUUGAAAAACUUCUAGAAGACUUCUGGAAGUCUUCUGCCCAAGGUGCUACAAAAGAAUGAUGUCAAGUGGAGUCCAAGCUUAUCUAUGUGGAGGAAUUAUAUCUAUCUCCAUGUGUAAUAGUUUUGUUUAUGGUCUAUUUUUAUGAUUUGUAUGUGUAUUAUUUUAGUUGUGAAUUCUUUUGUAAACUUGAAGAAAUGAUAAUCAAAAGAAUUUGGUAUAUAUUUUCAUGUUUUUCUCAAAGUACUUGACAUUAUUGAAGUUAUCGAUACAACAUACCAAGAAUUUUUUUAAACCAUUCUACCCAUUCAUAACAAAACAUAAUAACACAAAAACAUAGUCAAAUUUACAAAAACUAAGAGAGAAGACUUCACGAUAAAACUUAGUCAAAUUCACAAAAGGUCAAACUUGAAUUUUAAGUGAAAGUUGAAAUUUUAAAUCUCAUGUAAGUUAAAAAUUAUACCUUAUAAUCUAAAGAGACACAUUAAACCACACGAUUUGAUAUUCUUGAAGUUACUUAACACUUUUGAAAGUUAAAAGCAUACCUUGAAGUUACUUAACACUUUUAAAAAUCUUACAUAGAAGACUUCUCCAAAAGUCAUCUAGAGAAGAUUUCUUAAAAAGUCUUCUCGGAUUAACAAGAAACAUUAGUAAACAUAAAUAUAUGAAAUCUCAUAAUUAUCACCAAAUAAGUUAAGAAUUUCAUCCAGAAGCCCUAAAAUUGACUAAAACACAUGAAUUAAUAAGAAAAUAUUAAAAAGUCGUUUUAAUUGUAAAGAAAAUGAAAGUUUAUUAAACAUUGACGUAUAAGACUUCUUAAGAAGUCUUCUAUUUAGGUCAUUUUUGCAAUUGCAAAUUUAUGAAGGAAAACUUCUUAAGAAGUCUACUCUACAUAAGACAUCUUGAGAAGCCUUCUUUUGUAAAUAUUGGCUUAAUUUUGAAGUUGAAAAAUUCUCGAAAAUGUCAGAGAAGACUUCUCGGAUAAACAGGUUAGUUUUGCAAUUGACUGAAGUUUGUCAGAAAUUUGACUUUUUAGAGAAGUCUUCUCAGUGUCGCAAGAAAUCUACCUGGAAUACUUUUUGAAAUUGACUAUAUACUCAGUCUUCUCAUUGUCUUCUCUCGUAACCAAAGGUUUGACCAAAACCUGGAAUAAAAUUUGAGAAGAAUUCUAAAAAACUCUUCUUCGAGAUCUUUUCAUUAAUAUUAAAUUUUCAAUAUUAUUUUUCAACUACAAAAGUAACCCACGCAGACUUCUUGCGACAAUGAGAAUACUUCGGGAAAACUUUCAGAAGAAUUCUAUAGAAGUUUUUUCCGAGAAGAUUUUCCGAGAAAUUUUAUAUAAAAAGUCAAAUUUCUGACAAACAUCGGUCAAUUGCAAAACUAACCUAUUUAUCCGAGAAGACUUCUCGAGAAGUAGAAGACUUCUCUGGAAUAUUUUUCUUUUUUAUUCUUAAUAAAGGAAAGUUAGAAGACUUUUAGAGAAGUCUUCUUGAUGGAGAACAUAUCUAGCGAACUCUUCUGAAAGUCUUCCCGAAGUCUUCUGAAAGUCUUUGCGAACAGAUUUGAGAAAAAAAAAGAUUUCAUAUCUUGAGCCUGUGAGAUUACUUGUUUUACUUCUCCAAGUACCCAGAACUUCACUACAAAAUCUACCAAGUCGUUAAUGACCACGAAUCAUGAGCUUCAAUGUCUCUAUGAACCUUACAAAGCUUGGAAUCAAAAUCUUAGUUUUUUUGGAUGAAUUUGAAAAGAGAUGUGAUUUGUGUGCAUAAGUAAUGAGAUAUGAAGAGUAAUCGAAACUUGGGUGCAUUAAGAGCUUCAAAUUUUGUUGCUCAUGGUGGUUAGUUUAUUGAUGGCAAUGACAAUAUUGUAAAAAAAUUGGUGAAGAUGAGGAUGAUAAGGUAAAAGAAUCAUUUGCAAAAAAAAGAAAGAAAAAAAAUGUAAUGGUAUUCGUGAAUAACUCAAAAUUUUAGGGUGAAUAGGGAAAAAAAAGUUUCAAAAAAAAGCAUGGUUAUUUUUGUGUUUGACUUGAAAUUUUAGGUCAUAUUUGAAAAAAGCCCAAAAAUAUGUUUGAAAAAUAAAAAAAAAAUUAAAACGGAAAUUUCUGAUAAGAAAUUUUCAAGAAAAAUUGAUAACAGAUUUUGAAAAAAAAAUCGAAAAAAUUAUCUUUGAUUUUAUCAUUUUGAAUUUUAUAAUAUUUUCUUAUUUAAUAAAUAAUUAAUUAAAAUUAUAAAAUGAGGAUUUAAUUUUUAUUUAAUCAUUAAAUGAAAGCUAUUUAAAGAACAAAAAACUAAAAAAGACUAUUUAGUAGCACAACAAGAACAGUUGUAAGAAAGUAAAAGCCAAUAUUCUACUUUUCAUGAUCAUUAUGAAUAUAUACUGUCUUAUAAUUUUAUACAAAUGAAAAGAUAAAUAGGUCUUAAAAAACGGUAUAACAAAUAGUCAACUACAGUAAAAACUUGCAUGAAACUUGGUGUCUAACGUUAACAAACUGUUGUUACUAACAAGCUACUUCUCCUAAUCGUAAGCCAAACAAAGAUAAGAUCAAAAUUUAUUACACAAUACACGUAAUCCAACCCCUAAUUAUGUAUUUAAAGAAUCGCAAAGUGAAUCCCAUUUUCAAAUUAAGCCACACCAUUCCUUCCUUCCUUCCUUCCUUCUAAGCACAAAAGCAAAAACAAAAAUGGCAGGAGGAGCUUUUGUGUCAGAAGGAGGAAGUGGUAGAAGAGAUUAUGAAGGAGGAGUCACAGUUUUCGUUGUCAUAACAUGUAUGGUUGCGGCCAUGGGAGGUCUCCUCUUUGGUUAUGACCUUGGAAUCUCAGGAGGUGUGACUUCAAUGGAUGAGUUUCUUAGCAAGUUCUUCCCACAAUUAGAGAAGCAGAGGGUAAAGGCGAAGCACGAGACGGCUUACUGCAAAUUUGAUGACCAAAAGCUCCAAUUGUUUACUUCUUCUCUCUACUUAGCAGCUUUGGCAGCUUCCUUUGUGGCUGCGGUUGUUACUAGGAAGUAUGGACGAAAGGUUUCCAUGUUUACCGGUGGACUUGCUUUCCUCACCGGUGCACUAAUCAACGCCUUUGCCAUCAAUGUCACAAUGCUCAUCAUCGGUAGACUUUUGCUCGGUGUAGGUGUGGGAUUUGCUAAUCAGUCUACUCCGGUUUACCUCUCGGAAAUGGCUCCAGCAAAGAUAAGAGGAGCGCUAAACAUUUGUUUCCAGGUGGCUAUUACGUCUGGAAUCUUGGUGGCGAAUCUGAUCAACUAUGGAACAUCUAAUAUGGCUAAAAAUGGGUGGAGGGUUUCUUUAGGUUUAGCAGCUGUUCCAGCAAUUCUUAUGGUGAUCGGAUCAUUCUUUUUGCCCGAUACACCAAACUCAAUGCUUGAGAGAGGAAAAUACGAGGAAGCAAAGCAAAUGUUGAAGAAAGUACGAGGAACAGAAAACGUUGACCAUGAGUUUCAAGAUAUACGUGAUGCAUGUGAAGCUGCUAAAAAGGUAGAACAUCCAUGGAAAAACAUCAGGCAGAGCAAAUACAGACCAGCUUUAGUCUUCUGCUCGGCCAUUCCCUUUUUCCAGCAGAUUACUGGAAUUAAUGUCAUUAUGUUCUACGCCCCUGUUCUCUUCAAGACUCUUGGUUUUGGAGAUGAUGCUGCUCUUAUGUCGGCUGUAAUAACCGGUGUAGUUAACGUGCUCGCGACCUUUGUCUCCCUAUACUCGGUUGAUAGAUUUGGAAGAAGGUUUCUUUUUCUUGAAGGUGGCAUUCAAAUGUUCAUAUGUCAGAUUCUUGUUGGUUCAUUUAUCGGUUUAAAAUUCGGAACCACAGGAACCGGGACCUUGACACCAGCAACAGCAGACUGGAUUCUUGUUUUCAUAUGUGUGUACGUUGCUGGAUUUGCAUGGUCAUGGGGUCCAUUGGGUUGGUUAGUACCCAGUGAGAUCUGUCCAUUGGAAAUCAGACCAGCGGGACAAGCCAUCAACGUCUCAGUCAACAUGUUCUUCACUUUCCUCAUCGGUCAAUUCUUCUUGACAAUGCUUUGUCACAUGAAGUUUGGUCUCUUCUACUUCUUUGCAGGCAUGGUUGCCAUCAUGACCAUCUUCAUCUACUUUUUGUUUCCGGAAACCAGAGGUGUUCCCAUUGAAGAGAUGGGAAGAGUUUGGAAGCAACAUUGGUUCUGGAAAAAUUACAUUCCAGAUGAUGCAGUUAUUGGUGGACAUGAUGAAAACUAAACCAAUUCGGUUUAAGUGGAAUUGGUUCGGUCAUAUAUGUUGCUCAAUUAUAAGUUGUUUUCACUUUAAUACUGUGUAGAUAAUUUGUUAAUUACCUGAUCCAUUAUCUAAUAUAUACGAUACCUUCUUUAUAGUCUUUCAAAACCACAGUUAAGAAAGCCAAAGUCUAGAUCUUAGAAAGAAAAAACACAAAGUCAUAGAUUCAACAAAUCAAACCUUAUAAUCUAGAAAAUGAUAAAGUAUGUAUUUUUCUUUGAAAGUGUAAUAAUACUAGAAAAUAUUUGUAAAGCCGGCAAAUCAAUAAGAUCUAUUCAAUACAAAAUUUGAAGUAAUUAUAUUUAAAUAGCAAUUUUUUAUUAUUCACAUAUAAAUUUGAAAACUCUUUUAAAUUUUAGUGCUACUAAAUCUGAAAUUUAAAAUAUGUUCUCCAAUCGCCUGCUAUUAGAAAUAUUUUUAAUAAUAUUUUUUUAAAUUGUAAUUAUUUUUAAAAAAAAUUGAUGAAGUUUUUAGUUAAAUACAUAAAAAUAUAAAUUUAAUAGUUUUCCAUAAGAAAUUAUGUUUUUUAACUAAAAUAAUAGUAACAUAUAUAAAUUUACUGAAAGUCAUCUAAGACAUCAUUGAAAAUUAAAUUAUUCAAAUCAUGCCAACAAAUAGAAUACAGUCCAAUAUACAAUAUAAAAUAUAUAAACUAAUAAACACGAUAAAUUAGUUUUAAAAAUCAAUCUCAAGUUAGACCAAUGCAAAAUA